AUGCAUCAUAUGAUUUAUCACACAGACCCAUCUGGUGUGCAGACAAUCAUCGACGCCUACCAGGCAGCACAUGACGAGACCGCCGACACCCCAGGAGAAGCAACAUCAACUGUCCGGGCGUACGCCUCCUUGCUGGUGGACCAAUUCGAGGAUGCGUCUCUGUACGUCCCAGAGGAAAUUACAAUGUACCAGGGUUUGAUGGCGACCAUGGUUCAAGACGCAGCGGAUGACUUCGAGGUGUUGGAGUACUCCACAACGACCGCGGGGGCACUACUAGAUACGAUGGUGCUGGUGUCAGGGAGCGAAAACCUACGAACAUCGGAUUCGCAGGAGGCGAUUCUGUCGUUGUCCGCGGGGGUACUAGAGCGUGCGGUAGAAGAGGACUCCUGGGAUUCGGACUCCUUCAGCCCCACCCUCGAACUACUUGAUAAUGUCAUCGGCGGAUACAACGCUUCUUCAGCUGGAGUUGUGGGACGAGAGAAACUCGGUGAUGCUGCCGCCGAACUAUUGCCGGAAACGGUGAGAUCGAUGGCGCUUCUGAUGACAUCAAACCUGGAAGACGGAGAGGACGCGGCACUCAUUGGGAACAGUUUCAUUGAUGUGCUGGGCCUUGUCACUUCGAAGACCGCGGCCAUGGACCUCGCCGCUGGAUAUUGCCCUCUCAGCACCAGUUCGAAUGACGAUGAGGGCUUCAAUGGCGACAACGUUGUCCAAUAG